AUGCUGCAAGGACUAUUUCAGUUGAUCCCUCUUCUCAGCGAUUCUUCGAUUUCUCAAAGUGACCAGACAUCCAGAGAAAUGCCAGCCAAAUCGUCCAUUGCUUCAAAAGAAACGAACGCGAAAGUUGGAGUUCGGAAAAGCAGAAGGCUGACUGACGCAUUCACUUGUGACGAUGGCAACGAUCUUCGUACAGAUGAACAGAAUUCUGAAGUGUCCGACAAGAAAUAUUUGACAAGUCGUGAACAAAGAUUGUCUCAUCGAAAUUUUAACAAACCAUCGGAUAGACAGAAAAAUAAAGAUGAAGACGCGGAAUCUGACAACACUGUCCACUUCGGAUUUACGAAUACUCAAAAAGUCGGAAAAUAUACAAUCGAGAAACGGUUAGGAGGUGGAGACAAUGCAGAGUGCUAUGCAGCAAGGAAAAAAUACGCACGUGCAUCGGUCGCACUCAAGUUCAUCAAGGUCAAUAAGAAGAGUACCAAACUGAUUGAUAAUGAGAUGCAAAUGCUUACUAAAGCACAAAAACAUGAUUUCGUCCAAGUGUUUUACGGUUCUUUCAAAUAUGAGAGAUUCCAUGUGAUUGUUUUGCAACAGCUGCAUUGUGAUCUGCUGUCUCAGAUCAAGAAUGGCAAAACAUUGUGUCGUCAGAACGUUGGUAAAGUUGCAUAUCAGACAAUUCAAGGGUUGGAGUGGCUGGGAAGCAAGAACAUGGUUCAUCGUGAUUUACAUUGUGGAAACAUCUUCUUGACAAAGAACUUCUCAAACAUUGUGAUUGGAGACUUCGGCUGCUCCGAAAUGGAACGCCGGAAUGAUCUGAAGUUGAGGUUCAACGACUUAGACCAUAUCUCGCAUCGGGUCAAUAAAGGAGCUGAAUAUCGUUUGCUGGAUGAUAUUGUGUCUGUGUUAUUCCUCAUGUUGACGCUUAUUGGAGAUAAGAACUUGUUCUCCGAUGAGAACUUGCCUCGAAUGGUGCAGAAAAAGGAACACCUGUUCAACCACCCGGAGAAUGUCCUCACCAAAGCCAGAAACGAGUUCAUGAUUCCUGUUAUUAUUGAAGUCCAGAGUCAACUUAACGGUAAACUUUCGUACUCAUCUCUUAUCGAUGUGUUCCGUCAUAUCCCCGGAUUCAGUCCUCUCAACAAAUAUGUCACUUCUUCUGCACCCGUCAAGCAUCUUCGUUAA